AUGAUGAAUGGAUACUUGAGGUACACAAUUUCCUUUUAUGUUUUUAACUGUUUUUCGUUUGAAAAAGAUCUAAUGAAAUUUUGGAAAGACACAAAUUUACUCCCAACAGAAGAUAUUGUCAUAAUCAGUUUGAAAAAUGCGUUUGACAAGGGGAUACUGCAGAAUGUGCGAACAGAGGUAGAAAGACAUGCUAACAGAAACAGAAACGGUACGUACAAAUUUGUUGAUAUAAAUUAUGAUUUUGAAAAAUAUGCUAUCCUCGUUAUGGUAAGAGGGAAACUGCACAAGGAUAUGAGUGAUGUGUACUACAAGCAUGUUAAUAUGUAUACAAAGAAGACCUAUGGGGAAACAUAUACAAACAUGAUGAAGUGCUACUUUGAUAACUUCAUGCGAACUAAAAUGAAGAAGCACAGUACAGAGGAAGAGAAAAAGGAAGACGAAAAAGGAGGGAAUGAUAAGAAUGGGAAUGAAAAAAAAGGCCAAGUAAUGAUUGUGCGGAAUGCACACAACAGUGAGUUUCCUAUCUCCUAUAAAGUAGCUAAUCCAAAAAACAAAAUUUUACAGAUUAAGAUUAACGGUAUCACAUAUAUGAAUUCUUUAAAUAGAUAUUUCGAAAUAGACCAAGAGAAUAAAAGAUUAAGGAACUACCUCCCAAAUGUCGAGGACAAGAAAAAAGGAGACGAGUAUGAUGAACAGCCCCCUCGCACUUUUAGCAGCGGUGGGAGUAACCGCGGAAGUAGCAGUGAUGGGAGUAACAGCGGAAAUAGCAGUGAAACUGAUAGUAGAGUGGCGAAGAAAAGUCCAGUAACUCAAGGCGGCAGUUCGAUUGUAAGGGGAAAGCAUGUGUGUGAAAGGGUUGAGGCGAGCCAGUACGACGACAACUGUGUGAGCUGCUUAACCUUUACGAUUAAGAAGGUUAGCUUUUGUGUUUGUAUAUCUAACAUGGACAUUUACAAAUAUUUAGAUAGAGUAGACUAUUACAAGUAUAUAUUUCAUAAUUAUGAGAAAAAAAGAGAAGACAGGGGAGGAAACAUACACCUUAAUUAUAUGAAAUAUUUCGUAGAUAACUAUCUGUUGUACUGUAAACAGGUGUACAAUUAUCUUUUGAACAAAAUAAUCUUUGAAACAAAAAAUGAAGACAUCUAUUUGUUUAAUAUAGACAUUAUUAUUCUUCUAGGGUUUGACAAAUAUGUUUUAUUUAAUUACAAAAAGGGCAAUAUAUUUAAUGAUGAUUCUCUAUUUUUUGAUAGGAAUAUUAUUAUAAUGAAUCAACAUAAAAUAAAUUAUUUGCAGAAGAGGAGAUAUUUUACUUUAACGAUGAGAAAGCGGAAAGAAAAAAGAAUUUGUGUUGGUUUUAGGGUUUCCUGUGAACUAUUCAUGCAUUCGAAUGAUACAGCGAGUGUCAAGGGUUCUGCAGGUUUAGCAGAUGAUAUAACCGACAAUGUUGACGAAGGGGGAAAAUUUUUUUACAAACCAUUUAACCAAGUCGAACGGAAAAAUAAAAACAUCAACGUUACGGUUGACCCCCAGAUAAUUAAUUUUCAUUCAAUCCGAACACAUCAGAUGUAUCAAACAAGUUUUGAGCUUUUUUAUGAUUACAAGGAAAAAGAUAUGCACAUUAGUAACACCGACUCUUCAAAAUGCAGUAAUGUCGGAGAUGUGGUUAACUGCGACUACUACAAGGACUGCGGUGGGGAGGGUCUUUGCAGAAAGAAAGAAGUGGGUAGGUUGCAUGUAAAGAAAAUUUCAACAAGUAGGAAGAAGAGCUGUAAAUAUGAUGGGAAUGAAAAGGGGGGAGUAUAUGAGGUACAGAAUAAUAAAGAAGAGAGAGAAAAACGAGACGAAGAACGAAUCGACGAACGAAGCGACGAACGAAUCGACAAACGAAGCGACGAACGAAGCGAAAAACAAAGAGAGGAAAAAAAAAAAAAUUUUAACUACGUACGAAAUGUUUUGGACGUAGACCAAGUGAGGGAGAACAGAUGGCUCUCUUCCACAACCAACAAAAAAAAAGGUGUUUCCAACGAAAAAGAUUUCUCCAAAAGUGGCGAACUUUCUCUCGAAAAGGUGGUAGAGGUAAGGAAUGUAUUUCAAAAAAAUAUCUCAAACUAUUCCCCUCAUGGAAGUGUUUUCAAAAAUUCGGAAGAAUGUUGUUAUAAAAGUAAAAGUAAUAGUUUUGAUGACUGUAAUGACUACUAUACAACAUUAAACACCCAUAGUAGUGGUACCAUGAAUAUAGAUGAUUUCCCCUUAAGUGAUGGAGGUAGCCAAGGAAAUGUAGACACACUAUACUUUUCUAUAUUAUGUUUUGACGCAAAAAACAAUUCGACAAUUCCAGUUAACUUAUACUCAUAUAUGCACCUAAAAAAAAAUUCCAUUUUUAAAUAUCUAGAGGAAAAUAUUCGUUUUAAAAAAGAAGAUAUAAUAAAAGAAAAGAAAGAAGGUAAUAAAUCCUCAUCCAUAUAUAAUGAAGCAAAUUUUGAUAUAUUAAGAUGUAUUUAUGUAUAUCCUUAUAAAGGCAUACUAAAAAAAAAUAGCAAAAAAAAAAUAUUUUUAAAUUUAUAUGUGGAACACUUUAUAAAAUCAGAAAUGGCUAAUCAGACUUUUGUUUUAAUAAUCAGGGUCCACAAUUUUGCAAAGGACAUAUUUUUAACGUUUAAUUAUUGUUUAAAAAAUACGAUAAUUGGUUUGCUUAUUCGGGAUAGUGCUACUCACACGGGGGAUGGCACAGCUAUCAUUGGUGAUGACCCUGUUAACAGUCGAAAUGACGAUAGUAAAAAUAACUAUGAUAGUGCUAAUAACGAUAAAAUCCAAAUGAAACCCAUCCUACCUGCUAAUUUUACCAAGUUUGUUUUUUUUUUAUUUUUUAUCCUAGAUAAUUAUCAGAGGGAUGUAUCAAAUUACGACGAAGGAAAAGAAAUCGAUGACGUCUUUUACUUUUUCCGAUUAUCUAAUUUAAACAAUUGCCACCUCAUUUAUUAUAUUAGUCCUAAUUUGGAUAGCAACAAUGGGAAUGGGAAUGGAAAUUGCAAUUUCAAUUACCCAUGGAAGAAGAAUUUUUUUUACGGAAAAUACUAUGAAGAGAAUAUACCUGGGGGGGUUUCAUCUUUGAAUAAAAAAAGGUUCCAAAAUGGGGAAGAGAAAAAUGUAUAUAUACCAGAUGAAAUAAAUUAUGUAAUUGGAAAAUUAAAAAACAGUGAAAAGAUUGAAAAAAUCAUAUCAAUUGAAGCAAUUUUGCUAUUAUGCGAAGAACUAUUUCACGUUUUGAAUAAGACCAUGAUCUAUUCAAACAUUCUUGUUUCCAUAAAAACUAUAUACAACAAUUGUAACCUUAAUGAAAAUAUGAAAAUGUAUUUAAUCUUUUGUGCUAUUUUAAAAAAUUCGCCCUCUGUUGUUUAUAAAAAUAUUUUUUUAGUUUUUACCUGUUUUUUAAAAAAAUUGUUUAAUUAUUUCAUACAACUCUCUAUGCAUAAUUUUUACGCGCUCGUAAUCAAAAAUACGGAUGAGGAUCAUCACUAUAAUAAGAUUUGCAAAAAAAAAAAAUAUAUCAAUUAUUAUUCUAACUUAUUUCUUGACGCUUUUCACUUUUUCCACACUUCUUUUUUGAGUUAUGUAUCUACAAUUUUUUUAAGUUUUUUGGAUGUUCAAAUAGCGCUGGACCUAGCCCAUUACCUGCUUUUCCACAUGUAG